AUGUCUUCAUUCAAUAACUUCCAAAAUAUGCUCGACCAGCAGGUCGGCUCGCUGCCGAAACGAUCAUGGCCGGCUCCAGAUAACCCAAAGAAACAACAAAGGCCUAUCCCGGCUAGUUCUUUGCGCGUCCAGGGAGCCGCUUGGGCUACCGCCGGCGGUGGCAUGGCUGCCACGCUCAACGGGGCGUAUCGAAUCUUUCGGAAUUUCCGUGGUUUCAAGUACAUCUAA